AGUGUGCAGCUUUUAGGAUGGUCUGCAAAACCGCCAAAAAUGAACAAAAGAAGAAUAUCGCGGGAAAAUAUAAAUGUGGAUUUUUGCGCGCUACAGGAUUUGCCUGCAAUAGUUCUAUCGUUGAGUUUGAUCUUAAACUGAAGAAAAUGCCCAACGCCGCUGAGCAAAUGACAAAUGGCCAUUGUACUGAAGUAGAAAACAAGACAGAAGGUGCAGGCGGAGGAAAAAAAGACUUUUCUCUGUUUUGUGACGAGCGCGGUUACUUGAACCUAGUCGAGUACAUUCUGCAGCACGGAGCGAGCAAAGGCGACAGGACAGGGACCGGAGUGAUCUCUGUGUUCGGGACACAGGCCAGAUACAGUCUCAGAGAUCAGUUUCCUUUGCUGACGACCAAAAUUUUCUGGAAAGGCAUAUUGCAGGAGCUGCUAUGGUUUAUCAAGGGUUCAACAAAUGCUAAAGAGCUGUCAGAAAAGGGUGUGAGAAUCUGGGAUGCUAAUGGCUCCAGGGAUUUUCUGGAUAAAAAUGGCUUUACUGAUCGUGAGGAAGGAGACCUGGGCCCAGUGUAUGGCUUUCAGUGGAGGCAUUUUGGAGCUGAAUACAAAGACAUGCACACUGAUUACUCUGGGCAAGGUGUUGACCAGUUACAGAAGGUGAUUGACACUAUCAAGUCAAAUCCAGAAGACAGGAGGAUCAUCAUGUGUGCUUGGAAUCCCAAAGAUCUUCCUAUGAUGGCAUUGCCCCCCUGCCAUGCGUUAUGCCAGUUUUACGUGUCAGAUGGUGAGUUGUCGUGCCAGCUGUACCAGCGCUCUGGUGAUAUUGGUCUGGGUGUGCCCUUCAACAUUGCCAGCUAUGCACUUCUCACCUACAUGAUUGCCCACAUCACUGGACUCAAGCCUGGAGAUUUUGUGCAUACAAUAGGUGAUGCCCACAUCUAUACCAAUCACAUUGAGCCUUUGAAAGAGCAGAUUCAGCGAGAGCCACGUCCAUUCCCCAAACUCAAGAUCAAACGCAAAGUUGAACAAAUUGAUGAUUUCUCUGCAGAGGAUUUUGAGAUCUAUGACUAUGACCCCCAUCCUGCAAUCAAAAUGCAAAUGGCUGUUUAGACCUUUAAACAUUUUUUUAAAAAAAGAUGGUUAUAGAGUUUAAAUAAAAGAAUUUGUUAUUUUUCCUUUUUUGGAAUGUUCCAAUACAAGGUGAAAAUUUCUGUUUUAAAAUGCAUGAUAAAAUUUAAAUUUAAAAUGCAUGUACUUGAGUUUGAGAUUUCAUGUGUAAUAUGUGUAAAUGUUCCCGCCAUACAUGCAGAUUGGAAUUUAAUUGCAAUAUAACAUUUUUAACACAAAUAAAGUGGUUAUAUUGUAAAUGUAAAUUUAACAUAUACAAUUUAAUUUUUUAUUUUUUUUUAUUUUUUAUAAUAUUUAAACAUUUUGUCCCCCCAAAUUUUUGUCUGUGGUGUUAUAACGGAUGUUAAUUUGGACUAUUUUCUUUGUAAAGGUUAUUAUAUUGGUUGUAGUUAAUUUUUUAUUAAUUUUUUUCAAACAUUUUGCUAAAUUUUCCAAUUUAAAAACCAUUUAAUGUGUCACGCAUAAGUUUUUUGCCUAAGUUUAUUGCCUAAAAUGAUUUAAAAACAAACUUACUGAAUAUAGAAUUUUAAACAAAAAUAUUGCUUUGCAAUGGCACUGACGGAUAACAAAGAACAAAACGGAGUUCAAUUACAGUUGCGUCAUAAUGUGACAAAAUUAGAAAUGUGUUUUCAAAGCCUGGUUUCAAUAAAAGCUGUUUUUAGACUAA